AUGUGUAUCGCACAUGGAGCUGGAGCCGAGAAUCCCAAAGCUUAUACUUUGGUUCAAGGGAUGUAUCGAUAUUCAACAAGAUGGAAGUGGCAACUACUGUACCGAAUAUAUUGGUACAAAUUCUUAUCCUAUCUGACACUUAUUUGGAAGGGGGAAAGGGCCGGGGAUAAACCGGAAAUUCCGGAAUUUACUCUAUCGAACGAAAAGAUAAGCUUUAAAGCUGAUGAGAAGAUUGAGAAGUCCUUUGCUUGUGGCUUGCCAUGUCCGGACUCCGGACUCCGGAGACUGAGGACGCCGAUGCUUAGUUCGGCUGUUGAACAAGUACAUGUAUAUACGUCCACUCUGUUGGCUACCAGCUGGGCGAACCUCCGGCUGGUCAACAUAAUAGAGAUCAUGAAUUAUCAUUCGGGUACUGCACUGAUGUUUCCGUGUGCCCGCUUGGCCGUUGCGACACGCUAG